GAAGGAAUGAAGAAAAUGAGCAACAUCUAUGAAUCGGCAGCCAAUACCCUGGGGAUUUUUAACAGCCCAUGCCUGACUAAAGUGGAGCUGCGAGUUGCGUGCAAAGGCAUAUCAGACAGGGAUGCCCUCUCAAAGCCAGAUCCUUGCGUCAUCCUUAAAAUGCAGUCCCAUGGCCAGUGGUUUGAGGUUGACAGGACAGAAGUGAUUCGAACCUGCAUAAAUCCUGUCUUCUCCAAGCUGUUCACGGUGGACUUCUAUUUUGAAGAGGUGCAGCGGUUGCGGUUUGAGGUCCAUGACAUUAGCAGCAAUCACAAUGGACUGAAGGAAGCAGAUUUUCUUGGUGGCAUGGAAUGCACUCUUGGACAAAUUGUUUCUCAGAGAAAACUCUCCAAGUCCUUACUCAAACAUGGGAACACAGCAGGGAAAUCAUCUAUAACAGUGAUUGCUGAGGAAUUAUCUGGCAAUGAUGACUAUGUUGAACUUUCAUUCAGUGCACGGAAAUUGGAUGACAAGGAUUUUUUCAGCAAAUCUGAUCCUUUUCUGGAGAUUUUCCGGAUGAAUGAUGAUGCAACCCAACAGCUUGUUCACAGGACUGAGGUUGUGAUGAAUAACUUAAAUCCAGCCUGGAAGACCUUUAAAGUGUCUGUAAAUUCUCUGUGCAGUGGAGACCAGGACCGCAGACUGAAGUGCAUAGUUUGGGACUGGGAUUCCAAUGGCAAGCAUGACUUCAUUGGAGAGUUUAGUUCGACAUUCAAGGAAAUGCGAGGAGCUAUGGAAGGGAGGCAGGUACAAUGGGAGUGCAUAAACCCCAAGUACAAAGCAAAGAAGAAAAAUUACAAGAACUCAGGCAUUGUCAUCCUUAACCAGUGCAAGAUCCACAAGAUGCAUUCUUUCUUAGAUUAUAUCAUGGGAGGCUGCCAAAUACAGUUUACAGUAGCUAUAGAUUUCACUGCAUCAAAUGGUGAUCCUAGGAACAGCUGCUCCCUGCACUACAUCCACCCCUAUCAACCCAAUGAGUACUUGAAGGCGUUGGUAGCUGUUGGCGAGAUUUGCCAAGACUAUGACAGUGAUAAAAUGUUCCCAGCCUUUGGAUUUGGAGCAAGGAUACCGCCAGAAUACAAAGUCUCUCAUGAUUUUGCAAUCAAUUUCAAUGAAGACAAUCCUGAAUGUGCAGGAAUCCAAGGAGUUGUGGAGGCUUAUCAGAGCUGCCUUCCAAAGCUGCAGCUGUAUGGGCCAACAAACAUUGCUCCCAUCAUCCAGAAGGUGGCAAAAUCAGCAUCGGAGGAGACAAACACCAAGGAAGCCUCGCAAUAUUUCAUCCUGCUGAUUCUGACGGAUGGCGUCAUCACAGACAUGGCUGACACCAGAGAGGCCAUUGUCCAUGCUUCUCACCUCCCCAUGUCGGUCAUCAUUGUCGGGGUGGGGAACGCCGAUUUUAGUGACAUGCAGAUGUUGGAUGGUGAUGAUGGGAUCCUGAGGUCUCCCAAAGGCGAGCCUGUGCUUCGAGACAUCGUCCAGUUUGUGCCAUUUAGGAACUUCAAGCAUGCAUCCCCAGCUGCUCUAGCAAAAAGUGUUUUGGCUGAAGUUCCAAACCAAGUCGUGGACUAUUACAAUGGCAAAGGGAUAAAACCAAAAUGUAUGUCAGAGUACGAGUCUUCCAGGACACUAGCUCCAUGAACCUGCCCACACUCUUUUACAAAAUUAAAGAAAAAAAAAAAAGCUA